CGAGUAGUGUACAUUGACAACCGAUUUUAGAGGCGAUACAAAUUUCCAUUUUGAAACAUAAUUUAAAUUAUAUUUUCCCCUCUGUUCACAUGUAAUUUUGACGUUUCGAGCACUCGGGUUCCCAAGAAGGAGCAGGAGGUGAUCAAUAGCAUUGAGUAAAGGGGAAUUGAAAUCAAGAUGCCAGGAAAGACUGGAAAGAAAGGCAACAAGAAAGGGAAGAAGAAAGGAGCCAGUAAGAAAUUACCUGGACGCAAUGAAACAGCCGAAGUUGUUGUUAAAAGGUUGUUGAAGUGUUAUGAGAAAAACUGUGCUUUCACUGAAUCGCAGAUGUGCCCUGGUAUUCGAGAUGGUAUGAAGAAAUGCAUUGAGAACAAUUCACUUCUUGUUAAGUUCAUCCUGCAGGCUCCAGAUGUUGUUGUUCCAGACACUCCCCCGAUUCUGCUGGACCCAUUGUUGGCAACAUUACGCUAUGAGCGUUACACAUUCAUCCGAGAUCUGCACAUCUGGGACUAUCCAAUGUCCUACAACACUGUAGCCUCUGUGGCCUUGUUAAUGGAGAAGCGUUUUUAUCCAAUCAGAGAGCUUGAAAUGAUGGACUGUUUGCUGACAGCACCUCACAUUGAACGCUUGUCCAGAUCAUUUCGAGCUAGCCAGUCCCUGACCACAGUGUCGUUUGACUACAAUGAGUUUGGUGACGAAGGCUGCUAUAAGCUGUGUUUGGGACUCAGUGGCAAUGUGAAUGUAGUGUCUGUCAGCCUCUGUUACUGUGGACUGGGGGUGAUCAGUGGGAAGCUGCUUGGGGAGAUGGUCUCUACCACUGCUGUCAGGGACCUGUACCUGGACGGGAAUGACCUGGAGUGUGAAGGUGUCAUGGAAUUGAUCCAGCGUUGUGCAGACAUGGCUGAAAAUGAGGCAUUUGAAAGAGAGGAGAUGGCACGAAGAAAAGCUGAACAAGAGGCCGAGGAAGAAGCUCUGAGGAAGACUGGGAGGUAUUCCCCUUUACGAGGAGACCUCAGUAUGGGCAGUGGUACAGACAGUGCGAGGUCACCGUCACCAUCCGCCAAGAAGAAGAAGAAAAAGAAAGGUAAGAAGAAAAAGAAAAAGGAACCACCCCCUCCACCCCGUGUGGGACCCUGGAUAUCCAAACUUCACAUUGCUAACAAUGGCAUUGAUGGAUACGGCAAAGGAGCCAAUUUCGCGCCUGUGAUUUGCAUGAAACUAAUUAGCAGCCUGAUCAUGAACUCUGACUGUUUUGCGGAAAUUGAUCUCGAGGACAACCUGAUAGGGGACCUGGCUGGGAGAGAACUCUUAGAGGCCCUGGAGAAAAGGGCAGAAGCAAAACUUCCGUCCAUGAAGGUGAGAACUACCCAUCGUCUGAACACCGAAACAUUUAGUGCAAUAGUGAAACUAGGGGCGGGACUGAAGAAGAAGAAGAAAAAGGGCAAGGGAAAAAAGAAGAAAAAAAAAUGAGUCUGGAUGAAGUCUGCAUCACAUCAUGGCGUUUAUUUCCCGGUCAUCUUGUUUACACUGGACGGUAGAUCUAUAUAUUUAGUGUACUUACCUUUCCUAAACAUGUGUUCAACUUAAACAUUAAAAAUCAAUGCCCUUUUGUUCUAACAUACACAAGAACCGGAUUCAGAAAUACAUUCAGUGUAGUUUACUUUUGAAUUUGGAUAGCCUAUUUGUUAUUAGUAUCUUCACUUCCACUACAUGUUUUAAUAGUGCAUUGUUUUAUUGACAGCUGGUAUGUUUCAUGUUUACUAUAUUAGCAAGUUAUUUAAUUUCACCUGUU